AUGGGGUUUUUACAAAUUCUUCAAGAAUGUCGAGCCGAAGGACUAUGGCCAAUUGGGCCAUCUUGUAAUAAGAGAAUGUGCCAGGAGGCUCGCCACGUCAGCUUCUAAAUAAUCAACACUAUUUGGAGCAUCAAGAGCCCCCGCGUCAAGCAAUUUUCAACGCAACUCUCCAAAUUCAACAGGAAAUCAAAAACAACGAAAACGGCGGCAUGAUGGCCCCCAGUACUGAGGUUAAUUCGGAGAAAUUUGAAUUAGAAGGAUCCCGAUACGGUUGUCGAGGCUCAACGUCGUGGAAGCUUCUCGAAGAAAAAGAACGCAAAUGGGUGGAAUAAGGUCGAACUUGUCGAUCAGUGUGAAAUUCACAGGAAAUUCGUCAAACCGCUGUCUCCGACGUGUUUUGAGGACAAUUUAAGAGAUUUCCGGCGAUCUUCGACUUCUCGGUGGCACUCGGUGA